UGGCACAGGUGACAGGUGACACGCGUGUGGUGGGCGGCCACGCGUGCGUGCCGCACUCGCAGCCCUGGCAGGUGGCCGUGCUGGACAUGUACAAGCUGUACUGCGGGGGCGUGCUGGUGGCACCGCGCUGGGUGGUGACCGCGGCGCACUGCACCACGCCCGGGGUGACCACGGUGGCGCUGGGCAAGCACCGGCUGUACGCGCGCGAGGCGGGCGAGCAGCGCCGCAUGGUGGCCCGCAUGGUGGCCCACCCGGGCUACGACCCGUCCACCAAGGACAACGACAUCAUGCUGCUCAAGCUGCUGGCCCCCGCCGCCAUCUCGGCCCGCGUCCGGCCCAUCCCGGUGGCCUCGUGCCUGCCCCGGCCCGGCACCGCCUGCGUCACCUCGGGCUGGGGGGCCACCACCUCCCCCGAAGUGACGUACCCCGAGGUGCUGCAGUGUGUCACUGUCCCCCAUGGGGUCACCCAACCCAACGAGGCCCACCAAGGGGUCACCCAACCCAACGAGGCCCACCAAGGGGUCACCCAACCCAACGAGGCCCACCUAGGGGUCACCAAACCCACUGAGAUCCAUCAAGGGGUCACCAAUCCCAACGAGAUCCACCUAGGGGUCACCCAACCCAACGAGAUCCACCUAGGGGUCACCCAACCCAACGAGAUCCACCUAGGGGUCACCCAACCCAACGAGGCCCACCAAGGGGUCACCAAUCCCAACGAGGCCCAUCAAGGGGGUGACUCCGGCGGCCCCCUGGUGUGCGAGGGCACCCUGCAGGGCAUCGUCUCGUGGGGCAUGGAGCGCUGCGGGCAGCCGCGGCGCCCCGGCGUCUACACCAAGGUGUGCCGCUACGCCCGCCGGCCCCACCCCGGGCGGAUUUUGGGGGGCUCCGAGUGCCCCCCGGAGGAGCACGCGGGGCUGGUGCGGCUGUUCCAGUUUGACCAGUUCGUCUGCGGGGGGGCCCUGCUGAGCCCCCAGUGGGUGCUGAGCGCCGCCCACUGCCGGGCCAGGUGCGACUGGAACCAGUUCGUCUGCGGGGGGGCCCUGCUGAGCCCCCAGUGGGUGCUGAGCGCCGCCCACUGCCGGGCCAGCCACCUGCAGGUGCGCGCAGGCGAGCACAGCCUGGCCCAGGUGAGCGGCCACGAGCAGUUCGCCGCCGCCGUGGAGCUCGUGGUGCACCCGGACUUCGGCAAGGCCGCGGGGGAUCCCCGAAACUUCGAGAACGCCAGGAAUUCCUCCGGGGGUUCCCCCGGGGGUUCCCUCGGGAAUGCCGAGGGAUUUUUGGGGAACCCCGGGGGUUUUGGGGGGGAUUCCCGGGGUUUUCCCGGGGGUCCCCGCGGCUCGGGGCGCUCCAAUGACCUGAUGCUGCUGCGCGUGGCGCCGCCCUUCACCUGCGGGCCGCGCGUCAGGCCCCUCCCCCUGGGCGUGGCCCCGCCCCCCGCGGGCUCCGCCUGCACCGUGAUGGGCUGGGGCAGCACCAGCAGCCCCCAGGAGUCGUACCCGGCCGUGCCGCAGUGCCUCAACGUCACCGUGCUCGGGGACAGCGCCUGCAGUGACGCCUACGGGGCGCAGGUGACCCCGGACAUGCUGUGCGCAGGCGUGCCCGAGGGCGGCAAGGACUCCUGCCAGGGUGACUCCGGGGGUCCCCUGCUGUGCGGGGGCCGGCUGCAGGCCGUGGUGUCCUGGGGCGAGCACCCCUGCGGUCAGCCCGGCCGGCCGGGGGUCUACGCCCGCGUCCAGCCCCACCUGGCCUGGAUCCGCGAGGUCAUCGGGGACGACGGAGUGACCGCUGACCCCGCCUGUGACCCCGAGUGACCAC